AGAGUCAUGUGACAUGAAGGCGGAAGCUGUGGCAUAAACACAAAGCUAGCAGCACAAACGUCUCUCUGACAUAAAUUUAUUGUCUUUCUAUCUGUUAUUUCUGCAUGUUAGUAAACACUAAGACAUGUCUUCCAGCCAUAUAAAGGACUCUAGCUUUCUGGGAGGCAGAAUACCACCGGAAGUCGAAUCACUGUCAAAAAACUUGAAGGAUGUGGACCAAGAGCUGUUCCGAAAAAUACUGAAAGCUGUGGUCGGUGCCCUGGAGGGAAAGGACUGCACAGAGGUGAUGAAGUCCAUAGCAGAGAGCAGUGUCAUCCCGCAGGAGAAGCUCUGUCACAUCGUAGCUGGGAUGCACAGAUUGCUGUCUGAGGCCAUCCGCAUCCCCACAGCGAUACUUAAACAGGAGACCUUUAAGGAUGAUCUGAGGGACCUAAGAAUACCAGAAGACUUCAUCACAGAUUUUUCCAGUGUGGUUUUUGGAAAUCGCCGUGCAGCUCUAGAAGCGACCGCCUCUCAGAAUGAUCCUCAUCUUCCCACACUACAAGAACUGAAAUGGAGAGUGGAUGUUGCCAUUUCUACAAGCUCUUUAGCCCGAGCCCUGCAGCCUUCUGUUCUCAUGCAGAUGAAACUUUCAGAUGGGAGGUUUCACCGCUUUGAGGUACCUGUGUCUAAAUUCCAGGAGCUUCGCUACAACGUUGCUUUGAUUCUCAAAGAGAUGAACGAUUUGGAGAAGAGGAGCAUUCUCAAGAUCCAAAACUGAUGUGCCAUCCAGAGCUGGUGCUUAAGCCGACUGUCAUCUCUGCUCAGAUUUUGACUCAGUGAAGUUUUUGUACAUUUUUCAUUUGAUGUUAUGUGAGAAAAUUAUCUGCUCAUCAUGACUUUAUGCUCUGAUGGUGUUGGCAUCCAACAUAUUUGAGGGCAAAAAGACAGGCACUUCACCUCCUACUGUGUGUUUAAAAGCAAAUGGAGAAGGUCAGACUGUAGGUUUUUUUUUUUCUUGAUGUGCAUUAAAUUUCUGUCACAUUUUAAACACCUGCAAUUCCACACAAAAUACAAAUAAAGUGGCCACAUUCAUCGGUGUCACGUGACACACCUUCUUUGAAACAGAACUUUUUGUUCUCUUGCCACUGGGAUCCUAUUUGACAAGAGGCAGAACAAAUGAUUUACAAGUCUUUUGGUUUAUCCUCCAAACAUUGUAAAAAGUAGCUUCCUUUUAACUAAAUGUUUGUCGUAUGUGUUUGUUUUCCAAAAGAGCUUUGAAUUUUUUUUUUUGUCUCUGUUGAACCACAUUUCUGUAAUAAAAUCUGUCCAUUAUUAUAUUUGCAAGGAGUGUUUGAUUUGUUCAGAUUCAGAUGUGCCACAGAGGGAAGGGUUAGAUGAUAACAGGUCACUGUAGCCCCAAAUGCUUAAAGUAUUUAAAUCCAAAAAACCAUCUAAUGGGUUCUUGUAAAAUCUUUUUGUUUAUUAAAUUGAUGUUCUUUUUGAUGAACUUUUUUGUUAAAUAAACACCACUCUGUAU